CUUGAUAACAUCUAUCAUCUUUGUAAUACCUUACUUGUAAUUGGCAAAAUGCGGAAAAAAUAUCACAUACAUCAUUGCAAGACCCCAUCCAGCUGUAAUCAAACUUUUAAUUCAAUGGGGGAACCGGAAAACUAUGAUCGGUACCUCGAACAAAAGCGGGCCCAACGGGAUGAAGCCAUGACAAUCAAGAGGUUGGCUAAUCUGAAAUUAAUGGAGUCAAUCGCAGCCCAGGAAAAAAAAGUGAAAGGUCUCGAACUGGUCCUUGAGAGACAGAAAUUAAUUAACGAAAACUUCCGGGAGAUGGCGGACAAGAAAUUGUUUGAGGAAGGAGUCCGCUUUACCAAAAUGAACAGGUACAAACUUAUGAAACAUGCCGAAAUUGAGAAGCUGAAUGAGCAAAUUGGAGAAAUGAAGAAGGAAAUACCGGAGAUUGAGAAUACGCUGAGCAAAUAUGAGCGCUACAAACGGAGCAUUUUCAAAUUGGCUGCCCCGGACAAGGAAGAGAAUAUGAACGUUCUACCGGACCAUGAGCAGAUACUGGAGCGUAUGGAAAACCUGAGAGAGCAAAACCAGUUCCUGCUGCCUUAUGCAGUCAAGAAUAAUUACGCGCUCCUUGGGCAACAGCAAAAAUUUGAAAACACCAAGAAGAAGAACGAACAGGAUCUUGAGAAUCUACGAACGGAGAUCAGUAGUGUGAAAGCUAAAAUUGAAGAAGAGACAAAAACCUCGUUAAAAAUUUCACAGAUGGUGAAGCUCUACAAAGAAAAUCGGAAUGUAGAGCUAGAAACAGAAUUGGAAUCGCUGACUGCUAAGGUGACAAAAGUGUAUCGCUCUUGUUCAACUUCCACUCAUUUCUUAAACCCAUUAAAGAAGAUGAAGCGUGUGGAGGAACAGGUGUUUGCUCUGAUGGGGAAGAUUGACACCAUCCCGAAGGACCUCCUCAAAAAACUACAAGCCGGCUUCUAUCGGAGGCGAUUGCAAGAAGAAGAAAAGCGGAUACAAAGAGAAAGGGAGGACAAAAGGUUAAAGAGGUCCCAGCAAAGGUCUGUACAGAAAGUUCCAAAAAGUGAGCCAAAAGAUGUCCGUACCAAACGUGUCAUGAUACGUUACAAGGUGGCCGCUCGCCCAAAGGCGUCCAAAAAGGCUCAUGCCGCCGAGAAGAAAGUCAAAACUUUUGAAGACGAGAUCUGGGAAGAUGUGGUACAUGCCGGGGACGGGGCCUGCGUCCUCCUGCCCCGACUCAAUGCGGACAAGACCAAAUCAGUGAAAAAGGUCAAGGAGCCAAACGUCCCAGCUGUCGAAGUGAAGCAACCACGCAAAAAGGCCGCCAAGGCCGACCUCGAGCAAACUCAUUUGCCGCCCAUUUCGGCAAAGGAGAAAUCCGAGGACGAACUUGUGGCACCACCCUAUCCCAUCACUCCGCCCUCUUACUCGGAUCCUCUGGGACCUCUCCGUGCCGCCAAGCGUGAAGCCCCUUCCUUCCGUUCCCAGGGCAUCAGUAAAUCUGUGCUUCUCCAAUUGGGCCGAAAAAAAAGUGAGCCCACUUGGACUUGAAUGGUGACCUUGGGAAAAAGAGCAGGGGGCGCACUGGGUUUAUGACUCGUUCCGUAGCUUAAAUGAACAAAUAGUCACACUUUCUGGCAUGAAACAGUUUCAUAAAUCAGUGAUUGGUUCUCACAAUGGACCAAAUUUUGCUCCCCUUCAAGGUGUUUUGCCAGGCGUAUCAAUCAUUUUCCCCACUUUUUGGUUUCCCUUAAAGGGACAUGAAACACAAGUACAGUGGUAUGAAAAAGUAUCUGAACCUUUUGGAAUUUCUUACAUUUCUGCAUAAAAUCUCCAUAAAAUGUGAUUUGAUCUUUGUCAAAAUCACACAGAUGAAAAAACAUCUGGUUCAACUAAAAGCACCCCAAACAUUUAUAGGUUUUCAUAUUUUAAUGAGGAUAGCAUGCAAACAAUGACAGAAGGGGAAAAAAAAGUAAGUGAACCUUCUGGAGACUUAAAGAGCCAUUUAAACCAAUUUUUACCAAACAAUUUAAGUCAGGCGUGCGCCAGAUCACUGAUGAGUGGUUUAAAGCUACCCUGCCCACUAUAAAACACACACCUGGUAAGAAUUGUCUUGAUGAGAAACAUCGUCUGAUGUGCAUCAUGGCUCGGUCAAAAGAGCUUUCUGAAGACCUGCGAUCAAGGAUUGUUGAUUUGUAUAAAGCUGGUAAAGGAUACAAAACCAUCUCUAAAAGUUGGAUGUUCAUCAAUCGAUAGUCAGAAAAGUUGUCUACAAAUGGAGAGAGUUUGGCACUGUUGCUUCUCUCCCAAGGAGUGGCCGUUCAUCAAAGGCCAAGAAUUCAGCGCAGAAUACUCAGAGAGGUAAAACACAACCUUAGCAUGUCUGCUAAAGACUUACAGAAAUCAUUGGCACAGUCCAAUAUCUCUGAAGACACAUCAACUAUAUGAAAAACUAUGUCCAAGUAUGGUGUUCAUGGGAGGACUCCACGGAUGAAGCCACUGCUGUCUAAAAAAAACAUUGUUGCAAGUUCAAUGUUUGCAAAAAGUCACUUGGACACUCCACAGAAGUUUUGGCAAAAUAUUUUGUGGACUGACGAAACCAAAAUUGAAUUGUUUGAGAGUAACACACAACGUCAUGUGUGGAGGAAAAAUGGAACAGGUCACUAACAUCAACACCUCAUCCCCACCGUGAAGCAUGGUGGAGGCAGAAUCAUGAUUUGUGGCUGUUUUGCUGCCUCAGGGCCUGGACAACUUGCAAUCAUGGAGGGAAGAAUAAAUUCAAAAAUUUAUCAGGAUGUUUUUCAGGAAAACCUGAGGCCGUCUGUCAGACAGUUGAAGCUAAAAAGAGGAUGGGUGCUGCAACUAGACAAUGAUUCAAAACAGAGAAGUAAAUCAACUUCAGAAUGGUUUUAGAAGAACAAAAUACACGUUCUGGAGUGGCCAAGUCAAAGUCCAGACUUGAACUCCAUUGAGAUGCUGUGGCAUGACCUAAAGACAGGGAUUCAUUCAUCCCAGGAACCUGACUGAACUAUAGCAGUUUUGUAGAGAAGAAUGGGCCAAGAUUAUUCCUGAUCGAUGUGCCAGACUGAUCGGCAGCUACAGGAAACGUCCAGUUAAAAAUUAUUGCUGCCAAAGGGAGGGGGGGUAGCAAAUAUUAAAUGUAAUGGUUCACUUACUUGUUUUACCCCCUUCUGUCAUUGUUUGCAUACUAUCCUCAUUAAAAUAUGAAAACCUGUGAAUGUUUGAGUGGUUUGAGGUAAAGCAGACACUGUUUUUUCUUCUGUGUGAUUUUGACAAAGAUCAAAUCACAUUUGAUGGUGAUUUUAUGCAGAAAUGUGAGAAAUUCCAAAAGGUUCAGAUACUUUUUCAUACCACUCUAUAAAUGAUCUCUACGUGAAAGACGGUUACUCAAAGUAUCAAAAUAUGCAAAAAAAAUAAAUAAUUUUUUGGAUGCCCGUUAAUAGACAAAAAACACACACAAAAAAAAUUGGAACCAUUUUGGGACAUCAGUUAUAUUUAUAUAAUACACAUUGAUAGACUCGCGCAAAAGUGCAUGUGAUAAUGGGUAUGAUGACUUCACAAGGAAAGGCAGACAAUCUGUCAUACUCACAUUUGAUUGGCUAAAUUGAUAAAAUGUCUGCCCCAUGUGGGGCAACCAUUUCCUGGAAAUAGUGGCUUUUAUUGAAGAUUUUCACACAUCAGUAAUGUUUCAUAAACCUUUUCAGUUUAUAAACAAGGUUCUUUCUGCUGAUAUGCACAUGAUAUACCUUUAAGAGGGCCGUGAUGACUGACAACUACCAUCAUAUUAUCACAAUACGAAUGACAUUUUUUUCCACAGCAAACUGAAAUAGACUACAGAGAAGGAAGCCUCUUUUUGAAGAAUUGAGCACUGUUUACCAAAAUUCUGCUUGUUGUCAAGCGAGUUGAGUUCACUGCCUCCAUACAGUGCUUGUAUUGCAAGUUUGUGAGCACAAGUCAAAUGAACAAAAAAAAUAAAUAAAUGCACAUAAAUGUAAUCUUGUAAAGAAAAAAUCUAUGUCUUGUGUCGUCUGUAUGUUUACACGGAUUAGAAUAGCCAUGUUUUAUUUGCUUCAGGGUUUUUAAUGUUUUUGGAUUUUAUCGGUUUUAUUGUUUUAUUUGCUAGACUUCUAACGAGGUGCGCUGUUUUUGUUUAUUUUCUUUUUUUUUUUCUUAAUGUCAUUGUAUCAUACUUUCCUGCCUUUUAUUUAUCUUGAGUCAUGUUUUGUCGUAAAGCACUUUGAGGGCCUUUCAGGUUUUGUAAAGGGCUACAUAAAUAAAUUUGAUUGAUUGAUUGAUAUGUCAGGUCACAUGGGUUUCAAGAUACCAUUGCAUAUAAACGACUUAUUGGAACGGAUCUGGCCUCCAGGCCUCGAGUUUGACAUCUUUCACACAAUGACCUCUGCCAGUAGCUGAAACCUACGUAAACAGGUUAUGUAUCUGGUUUCGUUUUUCUGUCUGUAUGUUUAUGUUAAAGAUAACUAAAGAA